AUGUCUGGACGUGCGUCAGAGUGCAGACGAACAACGUGUCUGCACUAUUUAUCACCACUGGAAUUCUUUUUCUAUUGUUGCUGCGGAAUCGAUUUUGAAGACUGCGCCUAUACCGACGAUCGAAAGAUUCUCUCAUAUGCAAGCAUCAAUGCAGAAGCGUGGAAGAGUCGGAGUGAAAUCCGGUCAUUCUAUAAGCCCGAUGGAAGGGAAUUCGAAAAUAGGACCGAUAUUUACGGACGGCCAUGGCUUUAUCGGAAAUUUAUUUACAGCUUGCCAGUUGUGGAUGAGAAUACCAAGAAAGUGGUGCACAGUAUGCGCAACAUUCGAGUGAAUCUUUGUGCCGUGGGUGAAUACAAUGUGACGAUUGGUGAAUGGCAGAAAUACAUCUAUUUACCAACUCCAACGCGACGCUCAUUUUUGCCAAAGCCUCACCAGUUUUGCGUAUUCGAAGCAUCAUUUUAUUUCGAAAAC